GUUUGAUGAACUGUUAUCAGUUUGAUCUCCGAUAUUCGGUUCGACCGGAUGGUGCAGUGUCAAAAACAUUACUUACAGCUUCGUUAAAGGCGAGCUGAAUGAAACCUCAGCCCGGGGCAAAUUAAGCCUUUUGGACUAGAAUAGUAGCACCUUGACCUUGACCACAUUUCUUGGCCCUCUUUUCUUUCUCCUUUAAGUUGAUUGCUCUGGGGAUCCCUUACACGUGGCGGGACAGCCGUUGAGAAUAAGCAGAUAUGUGGAACGAAAGGAAGCCAGCAGCGUGUCCUCUUUCUGCUGCUGCUGCUGCUGCUGCUUUCCUUACGUGAGCAUAUUGAAGUCUACAAUUCUGCUGCUUAACUUAGUUAAAGCGUAUGGUACCGGCGGAGAUACAUGGCCGACUGUUGCUGGAGUCCACAAAACAUGUAUCCACUCUAUAUCUAGAUAUGAACUAAUCCAGUUUAAGUUGGUGGUGGGCUAUACUUUUGAUUACACGUCCUUAUCAAGUACAGAAAUGGUGAGACACAAGGAAAGCUACAGCUACAGCUACAGCGGCAAGAACAGCCAAGCCCAGGACUAUAAUCCAAAAGAGGUAGAAGAUGAUGUGGGGCAAGGGAAGCUUUACUCUCCAGCAGCUGCGAUCAACCAUAGUCGCGAUGCCCCAAAGCAAGGGAAGAAAGAGGAGCAGGAGGAGAGAAAGAUGCGGACGAUAAUGGAGAAGGUGUUGGAGAAGCUUGGAGCUGCUAGUUCCGUCCCUAAACAAGCAAUCGACAACUUCCGCCAGUUCCUGGACAGCAUGGUGAAGGAAGCCAGUGUCGCCGCCCAUGGCAUCACCAUGAAAGAUGGUCUCGACCGGAUCAAGAACUGCCUCCUUGACAUCCUCCCCUCCUCCCUCGCUUCCAAGUUGGUGGAUGAUGCGGAGAAGGAGGCCAAUGAUGAAGAUGACGCUGCAACAGCAGUAGAAAGUGGCCGGCGGGGUGAUGAGAAGGCUUCGGGUACUUCUAAUAAUGGCAGCCGCCAGUCUUCGCCAUCGUCCAGGCUUUGAGGAACACCGCGCCGCCUGGUGAUCAGUAGGUUCCGACCCGAUCAUACAAAUCGGCGUGUUUGCUAAACUGUAUCGGCAGGUCCGACCGGAAAAAAUUGGCUACAUGCAGUCUUUCUUUUGGAAUUAGGAAGUGGAAAAAAAAAUUUAGCAGAUUACAAAAUAAUAGGAGGAAAGCAGGAUGCUUCUUCUCAUCCAUCCCUCUGAUUCUGAUACAUUGAAAAGUGUAUAGAAGUUUUGAAGGGAGAGGGUCAGGGUCCAUCAUCUCCAUCUCCAUCUCUGAUUAGAUUGCAGAUAUCAGAGCACUCUACCAGGCUGCAAAUGCCAAAGCCAAAUGUGGAAGAUUGUCAUGCAAUCAGCCCUAAAUCUCUACAUUUGCUAAGCAGAAAGGAAAGCAAGGGGAAUGAUAGAAGAACUACCAGUAAUGGCGGCUGCGAAACCCUUGCUUGAACACCACCAGAGGUCUAGCAUCCACAAACCAACCAUGAAUCAUACAAGAAACCCAUAAUACUGAUAGAAAUCAUGUAUCAGGAGCAAAUAAUCAGAAUGCUCAAGGUUUUGAAUUUUGAUUACCUGAUGAUACUGAAAGGUCCUUCGCCAGGGGAGCCAUAGCCGCCGCGGAUGCAGGUGUUGACGCAUUUCACGGUGCAAGCCUCCGCUUUCCUGGACUUGGGUCUCUGUAUCCUCAUCGGCUUCUUGCAAUCCUUCCCAUCUUCC